ACCUCUGUCAGAAAUCUCGAUCGACAGAGCGUAAGAUCACCAGCGCUCCCUCUUCAACCACGACAUUACAGUCUCGCGCGACUCUUGCAGCAGUCAGAUUCAACAUGGUCAUGUCUGAGCUUCCACCGCGACCGACGGCGGCUGCGAAAGCAGCAGAGGCAGCUGCAGCGUCAUCGGCAGCUCCAUAUCCACCACCGCUGAUGUCUUCUUACAACCAACGCCAUUCUCAUCACAAUCACCAUCAGACCAGCCGGCGACCACCGGUCAGAGGGUCAGAGAGGAACACAACCUGGUCUUCGUCGUCUGUUGCUCCUGUGCCUUCGUCAUCGUCGUCGUCGUCAUCUUCUUCGACAUCGUCUUCGCCAUAUAGCCACAGCCAGCGCUACGACGACCACUUCAACCAGCAGCUGCAGCGAUACGACCGAUACGCCCACCCACCUCCGUCACUGCAGCACUCUUACCACACCAGCGGCAGCAGUACUACUCACGGGUACAGCAACCACAACAGAAGCGCGCACGCUUCUAGCAGUGGGACUAACAGCACCAGCGUCCCGGUCCACCAUGGUGGCGGAAGCAGCUCGACUAGUCACAGCCCCGCGACGUCCACCACCUCGACAGGCAGCAGCUUGCGCACACCGCCGGACCUCCUCCUCAACGGAUCGACGCUGCCGACCGGCAUCUACCCCGCCAAGGGCUACGGCUCUUGGAACCCCCCAGACCGGUUGGCCAUCGCAGAAAAGCCCAGAUACCUCUCACAAUCGCAGCUGCAGGAUCGCAUUGCUCUGAUUGCUACCUUGUCGAGAGACGUUGUCAUCGAUGACAGCUUGCCUUCACCUCCAGCGUCGCCCAGGUCGAAGCCGAGGACGUCGUCUGUCGACAGCUCAAAAGCGGCACCGUCGUCAUCGUCAUCGUCGUCGAGAAAGCGCAGCCGAUCAGAAGUGGACAGCGAGAAGAACGGUGACUCAGCAUCACUGCCCAGCUCAAAGAGGCAGGCGUCGGCUGCGUCUGCAAGCAUCGCUACUACAGCAUCAAAUACCGAAAAGAUGUCGUCAUUUCUCAAGGCGACCGAGCGUCUCGUCACGGCUUGGCUGCAGCGGGGCGAAGAUGAAGGACAGCCGGUCACGAUGGACAAUCUCCACGACGUCCUCGACCAGGUGUCCAACAUCGGCGACGCCUACUUUCAGGGUCGCGCCGCCCGCGGCCGUUCACAGGGCGAGCAUCGACCCUGAGCUUUCAUCUGCACGAUGCCCUCGCUUUCCUCCUCACCACUGCUCUGCACAUAUCCAACAACAAGCACGCACCACCAUCACAAACGAUACCAGACCCGUCAGCUAGUCCCCUCCCCGCCCAUAUUUACUUUCAAGCUUCAAUUUCUCC